AUCUUAUACCUAAGAAAAAGGAAAACUACACUGCAAUCGCCACCUGCACCGAACCGGAGCAAAUCUCCGGCGAGCCAGAGCCGAAGCGGCGGACCCGCGCGAGCGGCAGAGAUGGAUCCGGACGAGGUGAAGUCGAAGCUCCAAGGCCUUGCCUUCGGCAACGUCCUCGCUGCCGCCGCCCGCGACUACAAGAAGGAAGUUAUAGCUAAAGAGAAGGCUCAAGCAGCACCUGCGGUCCAUGAUGAAGUUGAUCUUGAUGAGUUAUUGGACGACCCAGAGCUUGAGAAAUUGCAUGCUGAACGACUUGCUGCUCUUAAGAGAGAGGUCGAGAAGCGUGAGGUGCUGAAGAGGCAAGGCCAUGGUGAAUACAGGGAAAUAACUGAAGGAGACUUCCUAGGAGAGGUCACUCGUGGUGACAAGGUCAUCUGCCAUUUCUACCAUCGUGAAUUUUACCGCUGCAAGAUCAUGGAUAAGCAUUUGAAGGCACUUGCGCCGGUCUAUUUGGGAACUAAAUUCGUCAAGCUUGAUGCCGAAAAUGCUCCCUUCUUUGUGGCAAAACUAGCAAUCAAAACGUUGCCAUGUGUUAUAUUGUUCAAGAAGGGUAUUGCUGUUGAUCGGUUGGUUGGUUUUGAUGACCUUGGAAGUAAAGAUGAUUUUUCUACCAGGGCUUUGGAAAAUGUACUGAAGAGGAAAGGUAUAAUUGAGGAAAAGAAGAAAGACGAUGAUGAAGAAGAUGAUGAGACUGACAUGUCAAAGAAUAGGAGGGUUAGAUCUUCCACUGCUUACGAUUCGGAUUCAGAUUGAAAAGAUGAAGUGAUAUGAUCCUCUCUUUUGUAUCAUUAUAAGUUUGUCUCGUUUGUAGUCUAGUCCUCAAAAGUUCUUUAUGAUUUCUGUGUGCCGAAUUGUAUCGAACAAGAGAACUGGAGGCUGGAUGUAUUAGUGAUCUGUCAAUAGCUCCAGUUUUACAUCAUCUGGGUACAAUACAUAUGUUUGAAGUUCUAGUGCUGCAAUUAUGCUUCAGUGUUAGGCAUUUCAGCUUAUUCA